AUGGCCGUUAACUUCACGUCCGACACAAAGCGAUUAAUCUGCCUGGCGAUUUUAUUAGGAAUCUAUCUUCUCUCCGGUGCUGUGGUCUUUCAAGUAUUAGAGAACGAAAAUGACAAACUGGAGAUACAAGAAUUAAAUUCUAUGAAGAAGUUUUUCCUUGAGAAGCAUAACAUGACACCAGAUGAUUUCGACUUUUUGGUGGAGAAGGUUGAAAAUGCCGUGAAACACCGUUGUGGCGGCGACCCUGACCAGUGGUGUACGUCCCGAUGGACAUACUACGCUUCAUUGUAUUUUACAUGGAGUGUUGUCACGACUGUCGGUAAGGUCUUUUUGCCUUUUAUAAUUUUCGCUCAAAAACUUGACCUUUAAAAUUAUAAUACAAUAUUUAAUUUUAAGACGUUUGGAGAGCAUUAACUCUCUUUAUAUUGUUGUUGUUGUUGACUCCUAAAUUUAACAGCCAUAAUUUUUUAUAGACCAGUCAUUAUUCAAAAAGAGGGAGGGGGGGUAAAUAGACGAUUGACUGCCGAUUACCAGCAAUGAGGGAGAGGGGAUCAUAAAUAUACUAAAGCACCUUAGGGGGUAUCAGGUAAAUUUUAUUUUGUCACAACCAAAGUUCACCACACAUCCCCCCCACCCACCCCCCAGCCUCCCAAGCGACCAGUCCCGUGGCUCACGUUCCUUUUUUUUAUACUCCUAUGGAGAUAAAUUCAACAGCUAUUAUUGAUUCAUAAAAUUUCUAUAUUUUCAUGGUCUGUUUGAAUUUCAUUAUAAAGUAUAAAUUUUUCGUUUUAAGUUCUCGUUGCUUAUCUUUGAUUUAAAGGUUAGCUGGAAGAGCAUGAUCUGUUUUUUUGUUUUUCCUCCGCUUAUGUGUUUCUUCUGUGAUUUCACCACAACUGAACCCCUGUUAGCGUCCUCUCUUUGGAAAAUUGUCGGGAAGGCAGUUAAAGAAAUGAAAAAGGGGAUACUUUUCUAAAGAAACUGUGGUGAUGCGUUGGUGGGAGAGUAUAAAACGAUAAUUAGGUUCUAUUAACUGAGUUGAUAACGUAAAUUGGCCAUCGUGAAGAGUUUCUUCGCUAGCAUAUCGAGCAUUAGCCCCUCUUUAGAACGAAUAGAGGAAUUGUGGGUUGAUGUGUAUUUAUUUUCAACCUUUUAAGCUAAUGAAAACCCGGCUUGCUUUUUAAGCAAGAGCGUAGAUCAUCUUAAGCGUAAGGUAUGCAUAUUACUUAAGAAACAAUUUUUGUUGAGACUACGGCCAAUUUCUUUAAAACAAAGGUUGCUAAAAUUAACCUCAAGUUCUAACCUGACCCAUUUCCUUUCUCUUACUAUUCAACAGGCUAUGGUCACUUAGCUCCCAGUACAGUUGGCGGUCGUGUUUUCUGUAUGGUUUUUGCUUUAUUUGGAAUUCCUUUAAAUCUAAUGGUGUUACGUCACAUUGGAGACCGCGUCAAUCAACUGAUAAGUUAUAUUCACUUCUUAGUAGAAACAAAACUGCUCAACCGGGAAUCACAACCAGUUGUCACAAAAACUCUUAUGUGGACGCUGCUAGCUCUCCUGAUGAUGCUUUUUGUUGGAGCGUUUCUUUAUCUGCAGGAAGAACAAUGGAACUUUCUAGAAGGAGUGUAUUUCUGCUUCAUCACGUUCUCGACUAUCGGAUUUGGGGAUCUGGUGCCUAAUGGAGGUAAGGAGGAGCUCAGAAUAAAUAGGCUUAAAAAAUUGGAAAGUUGUCCUCAAAUGCGUUAAAUACAGAAUAAUAAGUGGGCGUGCUUAGGUAUGGAAAUUUCUCUUCGAGUGUUCAACUCAAUAUCUACUAGCAGCCAUAUAUUAUUUUUUUCUAUAACAUAGCGCGCGUGCUCGCCCUAUAUGAGUCCUAUUGAGCAGCUGUGAACAAAAUCUUUAUUUACGCACGCCCGUGCGUGAAUAAGAUGCCGUGAGCACUUUUUUUUUUAACCUGGCUUUAGAGUUUCCGUCUUGUUAAGCUGCAGUUUACCUGCUUUUCUAAAUAUGGAAGAAACCAGCGAAGAACUGCCCAAUUUUUCUAUUGGAAUUGACCUUUUGGUUCUGAUCUAACAGGCAACAAAAAUAAAGCCGAAAAAAACUCGGGUCUUUAAUUUUUAAAACAUUUUUUAGUGACACUUGAGUUCAUUUGCCUCUGAUUUUCUCCAUUUUCUACUACAAUUUUGAGCUUUUUCAUUCACAGUUAUUGGUUAACUGGAUCAAAUGCUCUCGCUCAAAUCAAACUGUAAAAUGUGGCGUGUUCUUGACCAGCAAAUAGGGACGUUUGUUUACUCUUUUUGCGCGUUGUGAGAAUUUUGCUCUCUUUCACAAUAAAAGGUUUCUUCGCGCAAAUCUUUGCUGUCGCUCUGUUAUGAAAGAAUUUGCUCAUGCUUUUAGCUGUACGUAUAUCGAGUUAUGGAUGCACUUGGGAAGUUUGGAAAGCACUCAAAAAGCUAAAGUUGCUCUCGGCUGCGCCUCGAGCUACUCUUACGCAUUUUCCGUGCCCUCCAAACCUUCCGCAUGCAUCCAUAACUCGAUAUACGCACGCUAAGCAUAAACAUAUUCUUAAAUUAUGUAAACAAGAUAGCCCUUUACUGACAAGAGAAGUCGGCUCUAUUGACCCUUUAACUUCCAGAAGUGAUUGAGAGGUAACUUUUCCCUACAACAUCCUUACACUAUCUAGCAAAUAGGUAAUGAGGAUACUUAAACUUAUCACGUAGAAGUUUUUUUUCUUAAUCCAACACCAAAUUCUCCGAACUAAUUUGGAAGGAAAUGUCUAACAGCUAGAAGGGAAAAUUAACAAUCAGAUCUUGGACGUAAAAGGGUCAAUAUGUAAGAAAAAUAGGAUUCGCAAUAACAGAAGAAAUAUGCUUUCAAUCACUACAAAUACAAACAAUAGGCGUACCUUUCAAUUUCCAAAUUCCCAAUUACUGACCUUUUCCUAACUAAAAGAAAAAAUCUUUUCAGGUGCACGGCCAAAAUUGACCUGUGGUAAAUCUUCUAGCUGUCGUUUUUCAUUCUCAGCCGCGAGAGUACGUAACCUUCGGUUUUUUCUUUUAUAUUUUGGUUUCCCUCCCCUUAAAGAAAAUUGUUUGUGAGUGAUACGAAUUUUCCAGUGUUUUAGCAUCAAUAAUCAUAGAAAACUUGGAUUGAGGUUGAUGAAGGCUUUGCCAUUCAUUAACAUGACAGAGUAGCGCGAAAGGCAGGUGACGUGUCAACAGCUGAUUGGCGAUAUCUAACAUACGAUUAAAAAAAAUCGCAUUUUUUCAAGUAUGUUGUUCCGGCUUUUCUCAAGGCUGAAAAUCCUUGUACAACACUGCAGUUUAUGUGAUAAGUGAGUAUAAAUUUUCACUAUGAACGCGGUCAUUUUGAAUCUCGCAGCCGCAAUAACAAGAAAAGCUUUGUGCAUACUUUGAAAUUGUCGGUUUAAUAAUCGUAUAGUUUCUAGAGUAUACUUUUCCUAGAACUAUAUGUUGAUGUAAAGGAAAAGAACUUUACAAUCCCCUGACCUUUUAAAGCGACUUACAUCCCAAGUAAAGAUGACUUGAAAUAUUUUCCUGAAACUUUCUUAACAAUAUGGGUCCAACUUAUUCGAUCUUGAUUGUGUACAUUCAAAACCUUCGACGUGUUCCUCAGCAGAGAACAUGUCCGUCCUUCCAAAAUAGCGCAGGAAUGUUUUUCAAGAUUUUAAAUCGAAUGGGUAGCUCUUUUCUCGCUGAAUUUGGAUUGAAUAAGCUUGGUGUAAAUUGUGCUUGAACUACGUCGGAAAAAUACAUCUUCAGUCCUUCAAAAUAUAUGUGCGUGCCUCAGUAUGCAUGUCAAUUCCAUUCACGAUUGAAAAAAACUACCAGUACUAAUCUGACUAAUAUAUUUUUCUCUUUAGGACAAGCUCCCUCUGAUGUUGGAAGCAUUAUCAUGGAACUGCUGCGUGCAACAGUGGUGCUUUUAGGAGUAUCUAUGUUUUUCUCCAUUAUUACGUCUGUGUUAACCGCUUCUGAAGAACUUCGUGUCAAUUUUCCUGCAGGCAAACAUUUGGACGAUUUAGGAAAAAAAUCUGAAAAGUCACUAGAAAGCGGGGAGAUUGAGGUACAGGAAAAAUUGAAAGACCAGGAAGGAAAAAGGAUCAUGAACGAUGUCGCGAGCGGAAAUAUUAAUGCCGUAAAUGAUAAAAAUAGCACAACAACGGGUGCUUCUUUGGCAAAAUAA